AUGAUCCAGCAGCUCCAAGUCGGCAGUUCAUCGCAGUCAUACCCGAGCUCUUGGGACCUUGUCGGUAUCCAGCUCACUGUGGGAGAAAUUGCCUCAGCUGAGGCCGUGAGGAAACACUCUGGUUCCAUAUUCAGCUUCAGCCAGAGCGCGCGACUCUUUGACGCGGUCGAAAAUGCUCUCAAAAUACGCAUCCAAAACCUUCCCCCGUGGCUGAAAGCCAUUGAUCUUGCCCGAACCGUCGCUAUAUAUGGCGCCGAAAUGAGGAGGAUCAAGAUCCCUCAGAUAAUGCAGGACCUUGAUAUGCAGAAACUAUCUGGCCUCGCCACGUUUGUAGUCCUCUGCUGUCGUUAUACGGAGAGUGAAGACGCCAUGAUUGCGAUGCUCAAGGCUCUAUUGGAAGGUCACCUCGGUUGCCUUGUCAAGGCUGAUGGGAACCAGCAAAAAGCUCUGCCUUAUUCAUUCCAUGGACACCUGGGCAGUUUCGUUAGAUCUUGUGUCGAUGCUGACAAAGAUUCUAACGUGUCAAGGCGCGCCCAAGAAUGGAUGGCUUCUCUACAUGAUUUUGGAGCUUGCAGUUAUGAUAGGUCCACCUUCUUUUCCCGAAAUCAACAGGAGAGUGUCGAUCUUAUUUCAGAACUCUUCGGUGCCGUAGGGAGAGAGGAAGACUUGGCUCAGGCGGCGGAGAAACUGAGCUUCGGACCACAACAGGACAAAGACGCCGAUGGAUGGGGCAAGACUCAUGAUACUCUACAUCUGACUGCAGCGUAUAUCGCCUUCACAGCCGCGGCGCACGGCGCUCGUGUUUAUGUUCAGGUGGUCUCAGAUCAAGGCUCAAAGACGCUCCCCACUGAACCAAUGGACGAAGAGCAUCGAAAGUCAAGCUUCUUAGUCCGCCUUUGGUUGAAACAGCCUCCAGAACAUGUCCGGGGUAUUCUGCGUCACAGAGAUCGUUCGGCAUCAUCGGGUGGUGGGGACGAUGACCCCCCAGAUGACAAUAUCAUCGUAGGAGGUGGAACCUUGGAGAUUGCUACAUGGAUCGCGAAUAUGAUAGGAUUCAACUGCACCCUUCAUGGCAAGACUACAUCGGAGAGUCUACUGAACCUAUGGCAGGCUGGCACCGAGUAUGGGAAGACACUGCAGUGGUUGGUUAGGAGAGAAGAAACUGCUGCAGGCUUUGCCAAGAUCAAGCUGGUUUUGAAACCUAUGGACUCGACCGUCCUAAUCCCCCCCGUGACGAGGCCUCUCUCGGCUUACCUAGCUCAGAUGGACAGAAAGUUUAAGCCGAUAGCCAGGGCCGUGUCUAAUAUCGCUCACGACCUUUAUGGCUACUCUGACUAUUCAAAAUGCCUAGAUAUUGAUGACGACGGUGGCAAGCCCGAAAUAGGAUUGGCAAUGGAAUUUACCAUUUACGCUAUUGCGAUACAGGUGCUACGCAACACCGUGAGCCCAGCCGGAGACAGCGCCGACAUCUACGCUUUGAACCUUUCUACCCUUAGGAGGGAAGAGAGCGAGACCAGAAACCUCAUUAACUUUCUACUGUAUGGGGCGGGAUGA